AUGUUUUUUCUUCAAAAUUUGCAGAAUGUAUUUGAAAAGGAGACGCAGCUUAUCUUGGCCCAAAAGGAACUAAACAAAAUAAAGAAACAAGUGGAUAAUGCUGAGGCCGACAAAGCCAAAGCACUUUCUGACCUCGAGAGUGCCAAGGAGAUACUUAAGGAUUUGACAACCAGGCUAACAAACGUAAGAGAAUCCAAGCAAUCUGCAAUGGAAGCAGCUGAAGCCGUGAAAAACCAGGGCAAGCGAUUUGAAAAGACACUAUCCCUAAAAGCCGUGGGAUAUGAAGCUUGGAAGAAAGAACUAGAACAUGCAAGAAAAGAGUACAUCACCACUAUAACUGAACUAGAUUCUUCCAAGCAAGAACUCACCAAAAUAAGGCAGGAUUUUGAUGCAGUUAUGGGGGCUAAGCUGGCAGCAUUGCAAGCAGCAGGAGAGGCUCAACGUUCAGCAAUAUUAAACUCAGAAAGAAUCAGCGAACUUUCAAAUGAAAUUGCAACCAUGAAAGCAUCAAUUGAACAAUUGAAGCUCACCUCUGAACAAUCCCAUGAAGAAAGGGAAGCCCAACUUAUGAGUUAUUACAAAAAUGCCAAGGAAGAAGCACGAAGAAACUUGGAAUCCUUAAAGAAUGAAUAUGAUCCUGAACUCAUGCAAAGUCUAGACGUCAAACUUGUCCAAACAAAUGCGGAGAUUGAGGCUCUUCAAGAACAUAUUAAGAAGCUGCACGCUUCUAAGAUGGAUUCUGUGAGGCUUCUAACUUCAGAGCUUAAAGAAGCCACAAAAACACUUCAGGACAUUGCUGAGGAAAAGAACUCCCUUAAGAAAUUGGUAUUUUUUCUCAUGACAGAAUUGAAGCAAGUGAGAAAUGAGCAAAAUGGAGUGAAGGAGAAGGAACAUGCAACGGAAGCUCUUGCUGCUAGCCUCACCGUUGAACUGCAAGGAACAAUGGGAGAGACAAAACUUGCACCAGGCACUGUGGAGGACUUAGAAGCUGAUAUCUUCUAUAUACAAACUAAGAAAAUUCAGAAGCUACAAUUGGAGACGGAAGGUGCAAGAAGAGAAGCUGAAGAGAUAAGGAGAAAAGCUCAAGAGCUGAAGCGAGAAGCUGAAAAGUGCCGGGUUGUGGCAGAAGACGCGGAGCAAAAACUUGAGCUAGUUCUGGUGGAGGCUCAGGAGGCAAAAGCAGCUCACCAAAGAGCCGUUAAAGAGAUCAAGAUUUUAUCUGAAGUGGGUACAGUUCCGAACUCAAAAUUCAGUGGUAAGAUCAAGAUGUCAAGUGAAGAAUUUGAGGCAAUGAGAGCAAAGGCCAAGGAGUGUGAGGAAUUGGUUGUAAAGAAAGAGGCAAUUGUGAUGGCAGAGCUUCAACAAAUCUACGCAAGAAAGAAUGAAGUGGACAGAAAGGUGGAAACUAAUCUGAAGGCCAUUGAGGAAACAAAGGCUGCUACAGAGACGGCUUUGUGGAGUGCAGAGAUGGCAGAUUCAUCAAAAGUAGCAAUUGAAACUGAACUGAAGAGGUGGCGUCAACAACAUCAAAAAGUGGUACCCGAUGUUGCUUCUUAG